CCGCGCUGCUUCCCUAUACUAAUAACCUCCAAAGCCUUCUAUUUGCACAAUUCGAUGUAAUGACACUCAUAAACAUUAAAUUCCACUAUUUAUCAAUCCUUUAAAAAAUGGAUUCAAAAGUGGACGCUGUUAAACCCCCAAGAAUCUGCCGACUGUGUCUAAAAACAGGGCCCAGUUAUCGUUCGCUCUUCGCUGAGAAGAAUAAAAUAGCCGACAAAGUCAGCAAGUGUUUACCAAUUCUGGUGAACCCAAACGACGAGUUACCGAGCCACAUAUGCCCGCUAUGCCUGCGCUCCCUGAACAUCAGCUACAAGCUGCUGAUCCAAGCGAUAGAGACAGAUGGAAAGCUCCGAAAGCAGCUCUUAGAGUCUCAAGCAGAGAGGCUCCUGCAGGAGCCAGGAACGGUGUUCAGGCCCCCAGGAUCCCAGGAGAAUGACGCAGACAACCCAGGCAUAUGUGGAAUCUGCGAGAUUCGUUUUGAGGACGCAGCUGCCUUCGACAGCCACAUGGAGAUGUUCCACCACUCGAAGUGGGUCUGCAACCUCUGCCAAAGUGACUUUGAGACCUCCGAGGAGCUCCUCCAGCACAAGCACAAGAGUCAUUACGAUAACGUCGAGGGGACUGGGCUGCCAGAGGGCUGCAUUGACACUGGGACGAUAGACAUAAAGGAGGAGAAGAUUUCCUCGGCCUCUGAGCACUCUGACGCUGAGCCCUCGACCCCUCAGGAGUCUGAGGUCCGCAGGAGAAUCUCCAGGGCAUCCAGAAAACGAAAGGAGGAAAAAACGAAGGAGGGAGAGACGAAGGAGACACCAGAGCCCAAGAGGGAGUGCAGAACCAGGGAUGAUUGCAAGGUCUGUGGCAUCACCCUGGAGAGGGUGACGUCCCUCACUGAACACAUGAAGAUCCACGAACCUUACGACGUGGAGUGCCCCGAGUGCCAGGCGAAAUUCACGACUGCUUACGAUUUUUGUUUGCACAAACGAGAUUUUCAUAAGAGCCAUCCUGAGAGGCCCAUCAAGUUCUUCUGCAGACUUUGCAACAGGAUGAUGUGGGAACUGAGGGCUCUGAAGGUACAUGAAAAUUGCAAGAAGCCCAGGCACACCUGCAAGUACUGCCAGGAGAACUUUUGCGUGAAGAAACUACUGAGGCUGCAUCAGAAUAAGGAGCAUCGCCAGGAGAUGAUGGAGGAUGCCAGUGUGGAGAAGAUGAGCUGUGAGUACUGCAUGAAAGUGUUUGUCGACAAGAAGAUUUUCUACGAUCAUGUGUAUCUCCACAGUAGAUCAUUGGUUUACCGAUACCAAUGUAAAUUCUGUGAGAAAGACUUUGGCAGUUCGUCGUCAAUGAAAAAUCACGUUGAGUCGAUUCACGAUAAAAUCCAGAAAUACGAAUGUCGGACUUGCAAGAAGAAAUUCUGCAACAAGAAGAAUUUGCAAACGCACGAGAGGAUCCACUUAAAACUUCACUGCAAGCGCUGCAAAAAGAAAUUCGAAACUGUUGAACUUGUUAAUCAACACAUGAAGGAUGUUCAUGAUGUACCAUUGAAGGUAAAACGAUUGUACACGUGCCCACAUUGCGACAGAAAAUUCACCAGGCGGAGUGUAAUGGAGGACCACAAGAAUACUCACAGUGGGAAGACACCACAGACUUGUCCAAUUUGCAACAAAAAAUUCAGGACGUAUGCAGCACGUUGGGCGCAUUUUCAGAGACAUGGAUCAGACGGAUUUUUCUGUGAUUACUGCCAAAAGAAGUUCAUCAACAAGAGACAUUUGAAGACGCACAUAAUGGGCCACCGCCCCCCUGAGGAGUGGAAGUACAUUUGCGAAGUGUGUGGAGCUCGUUUUCCCCAGAUAUUUCGACUCACAAACCACAAGAGAAAACACACUGGAGAGAAGAAAUACUUGUGCGACGUUUGUGGCUCGAAAUUCGUGCAGAAGUCCCACCUCGAUAAGCACAUUAGGAAUAUGCAUAUUACCCAGGAACCUCAGCCAUGAGUGGGCGUUAAUAAUUGUAUAAUUUUUCAUGACGACGUGAAAUGGCUCUGGACCUAAGUCGAUUUUCCUUUGUUCUACCCAUUCAUUAAUAGAAAUUAAUUUUUCACUCAAAUCAAUGUUACAAAACAAUUUGCUUUUAAUGAAUCAAUUGAAUUUAAUUGUAUUCUGUGUCUGCAAAAAAUUGAAGACAGUUUUUUAUCGUUGGGAGUUGACGGAAAUUAUGACGCGAAUUCAUAAAUUAUGAGGUAAUUAAUUUUUAGCAUUGAUGCCUCUGUUGUAUUGUUAAUAAUUCCAAUGCUGAGAAUGUGUGAAUAAGGAAAUAAAACAUGGA